AUGGCAGAGGCCGUGGUUAACGUGGCCAGGAGGGUCAACGCAACCGUGGAAGAAGGACGCGAUCACCUGGAUCUGUCCAACUGCAAACUAAUCUCAUUCCCGGAUGGAGUUUUCAAGGUUCUCAACACCGUCUCAGAAAACAUCAGAGUCAUCACACUAGCGGACAAUGAGAUGAAGGCCAUUUCCAGCAAGUUCUUUUCCACGUUCACACAACUGAGAGAACUGGACCUUCACGGAAACGUUCUCACCAAACUGCCUGACUCUUUGGAGGAAAUGAGGCACUUGACCAGCAUAAACCUGGCCAAUAACAACUUCUCCACGUUCCCCGAGAAGCUGACGCAAAUAGCCACACUGGAGCGGAUCAACUUGGAGGGGAACAGCAUCACUGAAAUCCCACUCGAGAAGUUGUCCGCAAUGCCCGCUCUCAAGUGGCUCAACGUGAUGUCGAAUCCUCUGGCUUCAAACACUCUGUCAGCUCUGACUUCGCCACACAAAUUUGAAAUUUUAUCACAAAGGGAGUCGUGA